AUGGCGAGGCUGGCAUUGGGACUGUCUGUCUUCCUGCUCAUCAGUCCCGUCGCUGCACUAAACAAUAACUUGGCAGACAUUAAUAUACAGUACCAGUCAAAGCCCAGCCACGCCCAGCCACGCCCACCCACGCCCACCCACGCCCAGCCACGCCCACCCACGCCCAGCCACGCCCACCCACGCCCAGCCACGCCCAGCCACGCCCAGCCACUUCCAGCCACGCCCAGCCACGCCCAGCCACGCCCAGCCACGCCCAGCCACACCCACCCACGCCCAGCCACGCCCAGCCACGCCCAGCCACGCCCAGCCACGCCCAGCCACGCCCAGCUAGCCGCUCAUUGGGUCCAAAUCCCCGGCCGGCGCCGCACAUACAAAUAA